AUGUCACGAGUUUAUGUUGGCCGGUUACCAAACCGAGCAACCGAAAAAGACAUCCAGCAUUUUUUCCGUGGUUAUGGAAAACUUGUUGAUAUAAUUUUGAAAAAUGGCUUCGGUUUUGUGGAGUUUGAUGAUCCAAGAGACGCUGAUGACGCAAUAUAUGAUCUAAAUGGAAAGGAACUAUGUGGCGAGAAGAUUAUACUGGAAUUUCCCAGACGAAAAGUGGGAUAUAAUGAGGAUCGUGGACGAGGAGGUGGUGGCGGUGGAAGCUAUGGUCGGCGAGAGAGCCGCUAUGGUCGACCGUGCUCAACUCGAUUCCGUUUGAUCAUAGAGAAUCUUUCGACUCGCUACACAUGGCAGGAAAUCAAGGAUCAUAUUCGUCGAAUGGGAAUCGAGCCUACCUACUCUGAGGCGCACAAGAAGAAGCUUAAUGAGGCUCUCAUCUGUUUUUCUUCCCACGACGAUUUACGUCGAGCUAUGGACAAAUUGGAUGGAGAAGAGCUCAACGGUAGGAAGCUUAAAUGCUUCGACGAUACUCAACGCAGUAUGUCGCGAUCAAGAAGUCGUAGCCGUGAUCGCAAAAGAUCGCGUUCUUCGUCUCGUAGUCGCUCACGCAGUCGCUCACCACCACCACGUCGUCGCUCUGCAAGUCGUUCGCGUAGCCGCAGCGGAUCUCCAAAGAGAAAAGGAGAUAAGAGACCGAGAAGCCGCUCGGUGUCUCGUGAUCGUUCAAGAAGUCGCGACAGAAAGUCAAGAACUCCGUCACCGCGAGGCUCACCGCCAGGGCGUUCGCCGUCGCCCAAAAAGAAGCGCGCCGAUUCAGGAUCAUCGACUCCCGAUCGCUAG